AUGUCAACAUUUGAUGGAGAACUUCUCUCCAAUCCUACUGAGUAUCGGCAUAUAGUUGGUGCUCUCCAAUAUGUCACCCUCACCAGACUUGAUAUUGCAUACUCAGUGAACCAACUCUAUCAACAUGUGCAUGCUCCCACUUUAGUUCAUCUAAUAGUUGCCAAACGUGUGUUGCGUUACCUCAAAGGCUCUGUUGACUGUGGCCUUCAUUAUCACAAGGGUUAUCUCACUCUCAAUGCCUUCUGUGACUCAGAUUGGGCAAGCAAUCCAGAUGACAGGUGCUCUACCACUGGUUUUGGGAUCUUCUUUGGUCCUAAUUUGAUUUAUUGGUCAGCCAAGAAGCAACACAUUGUCUCUCGUUCAAGUACUGAAGCUGAAUACAGGUCCUUUUCUCUCACAAUAGCUGAACUGCUUUGGAUUCGCAUGGUUCUCAGGGAAAUGCACAUCUCCCUACCCUCUUCUCCCACUCUCUAG